AAUGCAGGAGCUCCGUUGCUGAGAUCUCAUUGUUGGAGCUGGGGGGUCCAACUUUUACCUGAAGUGUGCAAAUAGAUUGCCGAAAUUCCAAGGUUCCCCUAGCUGUAAAUAUGUAACUUAUCAAGCAUAGUCAAGCGGUAUCCCUACAUCCGUACAACAUGGAGUCUGUCGUGAGAAGCACCAAGAAGUUGUGUUUGUGGGGUCUGCUGUGGUGGUCGCUGAUCUUGGAGCUGGCAUUGGGGGCCUCCUUCUACGGGGAUGGCUUCGUGCAUCUCAAGGCGGCAGAGUCGUCCGAGCGGAACGUGCUGCGCCUUCGUUUCCGGACCUCCAGCGCCGCCGGCCUGCUGUUCCUCGCCGCCGGCCGCGCAGACCACUUCCUGCUGGAGCUCCACGCCGGGCGCCUGCAGGUCAAACUGGACCUGGGUUCCGGGGAGGGACUGCUGAACUCCGAGAGAGGAACUCAGCUCAACGACCUGGCCUGGCACUCGGUAGAGGUCCACCAGGAGCAGAGCAACGUCACUCUGACCGUGGACAGGAACUCCCACACCUUCCUCACCAUGCCCGGGCCGCGACACGACCUCGACGCGGACGACGGCCUCUUCGUCGGCGGCUCGGGGGGUCUCGACAAACCCUACCUUCCUGCCGAUCUGCCGGGCUUCCGUGGCUGCGUGGAAGAGGUGGUCUUCAACGACCACGACCUGCUGUCGUCGCUGAGGCCUCUCACCGGGAUCAAGAGCGUCCAUGAGGUGUCCCUUGGGUGCAGCCCCCAGUUCUUUGCCACGGAAGAGGACCCGGUCAGCCUCUUCAGCUCCAAGGCCUACGUCUCUCUGCCCCUUUGGAGCGCCCAGCAGGAAGGGCAGUUUGAGUGUGUCGUGCACACGGCCGCCGCGGAGGGCAUCGUGCUGUACAGCGCGGCCCGAGGCGGAGAUUUUGUCGCCGUGGAGAUUCAGGAAGGCCUGCCGGUGGCCAUGGUUGGUAAAGGUGGAACCAAGACCGAAGUUCGCUCGCUGACUUCGGUUAACGAUAGAAAGUGGCAUUCCGUUAAAUUGUACUUCAACGCUAAAAGCCUCCAGCUUACUGUGGAUGAAGAGGUCGUGAAAACCAAUAUUGGAUCUCGCUUAAAGGUGCUUCAGCUGAAGGGGUCGCUGUUUGUCGGGGGCAUUGAUGACAGCACCAGGGCAGAGGUCAGGAAGGUAGGCCUGCUCUCUGUGUCUGGGAAACGUGUGCGAGGAGGAUCCUUCAAGGGAUGUUUAAAGGACAUCAAAGUCAAUGGCGUCAAGACUGGUCUGUCCAUGGCUAUCGUUACCAAAGAUAUAUCAGUUGGCUGUGAGCCAGAGAAAGAACCGGAACAAUCGACCACAGUGAGACCAACCACCGUCGGAGUUCCUUCAGUUACGCCAAGGCCAGCACUUCCCAUGUCUACACUUGCAAGAGGGUUGGACAAACGCUACGGGUCCAACUUUGUGCUCCUGAAAAACCUUGUGGUUCCAGAAGGAGGCAGGGCCUCUCUUGAGUCGAAACACAUCAAAAUUAACCUGGACUUCAAAAGCCUUGGGAUUCGUCAGUCUCAAAUUAUGUUCAAAAUACAAGAACAGCCAACCCAUGGUCAGAUAAGGCUGGAUGUUGACCAAGAAGACCAGGGGGAGAACUCCUUUAGCAUGCUUGACCUUUGGCACGAACGGGUCAUGUAUAUCCAUGGAGGAUCAGAAGACCAAGAGGACUUCUUCAUGUUUUCCAUUUUUUCAAGCAGUAGGAAGCCAGUUCCCAAUUACCUGAAGGGAAAUAAAUUGUAUCGGUACAACGUAACCGUAACCCCUACCAAUGACGCUCCUGAGCUGAGUCUGCCUGAAGGAAAUCUCUUUGUUCUCUUGGAAAACUCAAGGAAACACUUGACCACAGACGUUUUGAAAGCUUCCGAUGUUGACAGCAACUCCACUGAUCUCGUCUUCUCCGUGCUGGGAAACCUCAACGCAGACGCUGGCUAUUUGGAAAUCGAGACCAACCCGGGCUCGGCGGUGACGUCGUUCUCUCACACAGACCUGGCGGAACUGAAGCUGUACCUCGUCCACCGAGGGGUGAGGAACUCGAGGAUAGUGUUUAGAGUCAGCGACGGAGAGAGAGUCAGCAACACGGUGGUCCUGAGAGUCAUGGCCAUCGCCCUGGAGUACAAGAUCGCCAACAACACGGGCCUGGAAAUCACCCAGGGAGAACACGCCUCGAUUGGAUCGAAGCAGUUGGCCGUGCAGACGAACGCCGUGAAGCAGGCUGUGGACAUCCGAUACGACGCUGUGGAACCCCCCCAGUACGGGGAGCUGCAGAGGCUGCACUCCAGUGGAGAGUGGCGGUCCACCGACUCGUUCACCCAGAGGCUCCUGGAGAAAGAGCGCCUCCGGUAUCUAAGCACCUUCAGGGAGAUCCAGACGUCUGCUGCACAGGACUACUUCAAGUGCAAGGUCACCAUCGCCGGCAGGGCCACCACAGAGCUGCUGUUCCCCAUCACGGUGAAGUGGGUUCGGUUCAACCUGGUGAGGAACGUAAUGGCGGCCAUCAAUAAAGUGAGAAAGGUCACCUUGGAUUCGGAGAGUCUGUAUGCCACGGCUGAAGGCGUGGUCCUGGCAGAGGGAGAGCUGUACUAUAGGGUCCUCAGCACGCCCAAGAAAGGGAAGCUGUUGUUUCACGACACGGUCUUGAGGAAGAACGCCACGUUCAGCCAGAGGAAUGUGACGGACCUGCAAGUACGUUACGAGCUGGUGGACAGGCCAUAUGAAGAUACCAAUGACAGCUUUAAGUUUCUCCUCUUUUCAAAACACGCCCAGUCCAAGAGCUUUGAUUAUAACAUAUCUAUUAAAGCAGACAUUAAUAAUGUUUUCAUGAAGAACAAUGGACUGUCCCUUUUGGAAGGAGAAAGUAAAUUGAUCACAAAGGAUGAGUUGUUUGCGGAGACCUUGAGUACAAAGGAUGUUUACUACACUGUCACCGAUAGUCCGAAACACGGAAAACUAGCCCGUAUAAGUCAGUCGAACUCCAACUCUAGCUACAACAAGAUCAUCACAUUCAGUAACCAGGACAUUUUAGAGGAGCGUAUAAUGUACAUCCAAGACGACAGUGAGGCGACACAGGACGGCUUCACCUUCAUAGCUUCCACCAGUUCAGAGUUCAAAUCUUCCGUCGCAGAGGAUGAGAUCGGUUCCAAAGAGGGCACGUUCAACAUAUCCAUCCAGCUGGUCAACGACCAGAAGCCCGUGCGGGUUAUCGAUAGCGUUUUCAACGUGGUGAGAGAGGGCCAGAGGUUGCUCACCGCCGAGGACCUCCGUUAUCACGACGCCGACUCAGACUUUGACGACGGCCAGUUGCUCUACACCCGCCGUGGGAUCCCAAUGGGAGACCUGGUCCUGGCCAACGACACCUCCCAUCGGCUCUUCCAGUUCCACCAGCGGGAUCUGGUGGAGAAGCGAGUGUUGUUCGUCCACAGGGGCGUGAGCACCGGGCGCUUUGUGCUCUUUGUGUCGGACGGGAAACACUUUGUCUCCAGCCUGUUGGACAUCAACGCCCACGACCCUUUCCUGAGAGUGGCCAACAACACCGGCCUCUUGGUUCAAAAGGGCCACUCAGUGACGUUUUCAACCGCUAACUUUAGCGUAGUUUCAAACCUGGACAUCAGGGAUGAUUCUGAGGUGCUCUUCGGUCUCAAGCAGGCCCCGAAAUACGGAAGUCUCUAUCAGAAAGAGACGAAGGUGGUGUCGUUCACACUGCACGAUCUCAAGAACGGCUUCAUCACCUAUCGUCACAAUGACAGCGGUCACGUGGCAGACUCUUUCAACUUGACAGUGCAAUCUAAAGGUCUGACCGUAACGGCAAGGGUCCAUGUCAAGGUUUACCUGGAGAGCCACCAGAGGCCCCCCAUCGUGCAGAACAACAACAUGCUGCUGGUGGAAGAGGGCAAGCCGGUUAAAAUUGACGAGACUAAACUUGAGGUCACUCACGAGGACAACCUCCCAGCGGAGAUCGUGUUCACAGUGAGGGAGACGCCCGCGCACGGCUUCCUGCGGCGCUUUGAGGAAUCCGGAGAGCGCUACGUGGGAACCAGGCAGUCCCCGGCGGCGACGUUCUCCCAGGAGGACGUCAACGCGGGGAACGUUCAGUACGUGCAGGCGGAACCCGACCAGGUCAACGACAUGUUCGUCCUCGACGCCACCAACGGGGUCACGGAGGUCACGGGCAUCAGGGUGUCUUUGGACAUCGUCCCUCGCCUCAUCCCUCUGAAGGUGUCCAACUUCACUCUGAGCGAGGGCGGCUCCAAGGCCCUGACUCAGGAGGUGCUCAGGGUCACCAACAGGCACUUCUCGGGAAUCAACUUCCUGUUCAGUGUGACGGAGCCGCCGCUCCACGGUCGCAUCGAGCACUCUCGCUCCCCAGGGGUGGACAUCAGCUCCUUCACCCGGCGGCAGGUUGAGCACGAGUUCAUCUACUAUGUCCACGACGGCGGCGAGUCCUUGGACGACAGCUUCACGGUCACGGCCAACGACACUGUCCUGAGGAAGCAGAGCCUGCCGGGCACAGUGCACAUCCAGGUUGCAGCUGUCAAUGAUGAGGCGCCCAUCAUCACGGCUAACAGGGUCCUGAGGGUGUGGGUGGCCUCUGUGACGGAGAUCAGACCGGGGGAUAUGCGGGCGGAGGACGAGGACACGCCCCCAGAGGAGCUGGCGUUCAUGGUGACUCCGCCCAGCAACGGUCACCUGGCGCUGAAGAGUGUCCCCAUGAGGCCAGUGCUGAACUUCACCCAGGCCACGAUAGAGCAGGGUCAGCUGCUGUUCGUUCACAAAGGCGCCAUGUCUGGCGGCUUCAACUUCCAAGUGAACGACGGCGUUAACUUCAGCCCGCGGCAGAUCUUCAGCAUCACAGCCAGCGCUCUGCUGCUCAGCCUGGAGACCAACCAGGCCCUCAAGGUGUUUCCAGGCUCUUCAACACCAAUCACAACGGAGAAUUUGCAAGCAGUGACUAAUGACAACAGCAAACACUCAAACCGCAGUAUUACUUUCAAUGUGAUUCGUCGUCCUAAACUCGGGAGGCUGGUGACCGUGCAGCCUGAUAAUUCUACAUUCGAUCUCUCCACAUUCACACAGGACAUGGUGGACAGGAAGGAGGUUGUCUUCAUCCAAACGCCAGGGGAGUCAGUAGGCUGGGCAGCCAUGGACUCAAUGACCUUCUCAGUGGCAUCGCAGCCCGCUACUCUAGACACCCAGACCUUCAAAAUAGACAUUUCCUAUGAAAACCGCGGGCCUCAGCAAAAGACAGUCCUCAUUGCCAACACAGGUGCUGUCGUAACAGAGGGGGAAAGCGUUGCCAUUGACAAGUCCAACCUGGACGCCUCUAACCUCAUGACGAAGCUGCCGAUCCCAGAGCGAAGCUCCAACGAGGUCUGGUUCCAGGUCAAAGCUCUACCCCAACACGGUGUCAUUUUGGUAGGCGAGAGAAACCUAACCAAGGAGAAACCCAAUUUCUCCCAGUUCAUCGUCAACAAAUACGGCAUCACCUACAAGCACGACAACUCUGAGAGCACGCAGGACCUCUUCGUCUUUGACAUAUGGGUAAAUCCCAAGGGCAAGACUGCACAGCGCCCUAUAGAGGACAAGGAUGUGGUUGAGGAGCAGUUCAACAUAACGAUAAUACCUGUGAAUGACCAAUCACCAGUUCUGAAGACUAAGGCCCCUAGCUUGACGGUGAUACAAGGUGAUAAAGUGGCACUUGGGCCCAAGAACCUUCGAGUAGAAGACUUGGACAAUCCUGCUGCUGAGGUCCAAUUUUCUGUUGUAAGUCAACCUAACAAUGGCUACCUUGCUCUUGAAGGAAGUCUAAAUGAUACGAUCAUGGCCUUUACUCAAGCCCAAAUCGACAAUGGAAGCAUUUACUUCAUCCAUGAUGGAAGUUCUGCUUCAGGGGUGUUCUAUUUCAGCGUGACCGAUGGCCACCACAAGCCAGUCUACAAACUGUUCAACAUUGACGUAAGAGCCAUCACAAUUACUUUGGUCAACAACACUGGUUUGAAACUGGAGCAAAGUAAGACCACAGUUUCACUGAGCCAAGACAAUCUGGCCGCUGCGACCAACGGUAAAAACACCACCGUUCACUACAGAAUUACAAGACCUCCGGAUUUUGGGAAACUUCUAAAGGACGGUCAAGAAGUUACUCAGUUUGACCAGGAGGAUUUACGGGCCGGAUCGCUGCUCUACCAAUCAACAUCUCUAUUAUCUGGAGAAGACAGCUUUGAUUUCUUAGCCUUCACCUCUGAAGCCAAUCUCACCGAUCAAGUGCUCAACAUCACUGUCGAACCUUUAAUCCAAUUUGGCAGUGGGGUAAGGAUUCCUAACGGCAUCCCUGUCACCAUGACAACUUCCUUUCUGGAUGCCUCUGAGCUUGCUAAUAUAAGUGACAGUGAACCACUCUUUCUGGUGGUCUCCCAGCCGAAAUACGGUAAGGUUGUUCGAACAAGACUGAAAAACUCUGGGAGAGGUUUACUAGCGGAAACAUUUACAUUUGAGGAUGUGAGGAAGGGACUGGUGUCUUUCGAGCUCAGUGCAAACAUGACUGGCAUUCAAGAACUUAAUGACUCCCUCGUGUUUGUCUUAAAAGCUGCGAAUAUCCAACCCGCAAAAGGAGAGUUCUACUUCACUGUGGUGCCAUAUGAUCCGACAAUUUUCUCCACCACAAAAACACCAAUCCUAGCCACGACCACAUUUGUCCAUCGCACCUUAAACCAGACCUCUCAAAAUGGAACAGCUGUGCCAGCCUCUGCGAACACCCUCUUUUCCACCAUGCAACCGAGCAGCAAGAACCAGCAGAAGUUCAAAGGACGCAAUCGCUGGGGGAUUGCGUCAAACCGGACUACCCUUUUGGGUACGACUCUAGGGAAGCCUGCCCUGGGAACAGUCGAGAUUCCCUACAGGAACACACCGGUCCGCGUAGAGUCCUAUCCACAGAAAACAUCCAACCCACUGUUGGUUAUCCUACCUCUGCUGGCCCUGCUGCUACUGGUCAUCCUUUUUGUGGUGAUGGUCUUGUUGCUUCGACGUCACCGGCGGAGGAAGCAGACGCCUGUGACCUCAAAGCCCCCUCCCUCGUCCAUCCCUCUAGGCUCCAGGCCGACCUAUCAGGGACAGCCUCAGAAAAGCUUGACAAUUCCCACAGUGACGGUCACUCCGCUGAGCCCGAGUUGCCCCAGUAGUCCUGUUAUUGAUAGGUUGCUGGCACUCAACCAAGGGUCCAUCUACGGCACUCUUGAUUCAUCUGCGCCUUCACAUGCUUGGACUAAUGUCGUGCCAGUAGCAACUGCCCACAUCAUUAGAACCACAACACCAAGUCUUCAGAGGAAUCAGUAUUGGGUAUGAUCUGCCACCAACCACCACAAUGUUAAAGGAUAACAGGCCAGAGACUUAUUGAUGUAAAUGAUUGUUUGAGGAUGACUUAAGACAGAAUAGCCAGCUUAAGGCUUAGUUAUGGUUCCACGUUUACGCAACGCAAUGACCACACAGGCGCUUCGACGGAGUCGUGAACCUGUUUUGGUUCUGCGUCGGGUUUACAUCGGGUUUUCAUUGGCGGGCCAAUCACAGCCCUUCCUGCUGUGUCGCCUAGACGCAAGGUUAGGCAGCUCAGGCCCUUUGCUACGGACUUAAGGAGGGUCCGCAAAGACGUAUUGGGUCCUUAAACCCCCUUGUGUUGCGUCGAUGUACAACCAUAACUAAGCCUUUAUCCUUAUAUGCUGAGUUUGUCCUCAGUGUCACAGAAUUUGAACACUAUUACAGAACCUUCAUGCCAUUUGAUGUGAGGUUAUUUGUUAAACAUAACAAGUAUUGUAAAUAGCACAGGUUUUAUUUAAUUUUUGAGAAUUACCAUCAACCACAAUUUUUUUGGUGGUUGGCAGACCACAAAACUCGACAUUUUACUAAACGUAUCUGAAAUAUUGAAGAGCAUGUCUGAUAAGGUUUUUGACUGACAUUACAGGUGUACAAACAGCUUGAAACUGUGAAUACCUAGACUGACACUCUUGAAAAUAAUUAUUUUCAAAACAUAUUUUUGAUUGUGCAAUUUUUUUUAUAUGUAUACUUUUGUUACCAUUAGCAGCAUUGUGAAAACUCAGGUAUUUUGUUAAUCAUUAUGUUUUUGUUUGUGCAUGUAUCAUUGCAAAUGAUGAUGGCAAUUGACUUGUUCAAAGCAGCAUUUAUGUAGAUGAUAAAAUGCUCAUUGUAUUUUAUUUAAACUGCAUUAGGCUACACAAACACAAAGGAACGGGUCCUUAACCGUUGGCUAUGUUUGAUCGAUGCUCACUUUUAACUGAUAGGCCAUUUUAUGUUGGUGCUUAAUGGCGAUACGGCUCCAUUUUUUAUUAGCGUUUCCAACUGAUUUAGAGAUCACUUCACAUUGUACCGGUAUAUCUCUUCUUUCAUUGUGUUCAGUAAACAGGAUAAGCUUUGGUAUAUUUGAAAUUAUGUAAAAGCUUGUCCGAGCAUUGUGGACUACAAUGAAUGAAUGAAUUUCAUUGUUGUGUCAUGCAUUAUCAUGCCCAGCCCACAAGGGCUUACGAAGACACCAUUAUAAAACAUAGACAGACCAAAAAAACAAAAAUAGAUGCUAUACAAUACUAACCUUAACGAUAUAAACCAUGUAUGGUGUUUAUUCUUUGAGACACAGCAACAGUCUCUGCCUCAAUCAUGGAUGGUUAUUGAGGUGCAUGUAAACACAUCCUUGGAGAAUUAGGUUUAAAAGUCUAGUUUAUGCUUUUUGUUUUGCACUGUGAUUGGUGCUUAUUUAGAUCAUGAGCAUAUAUUUGGGCCGGGUUACCAAUAUUAUUGGAUGACAGAAUUGAAUGCAAUCCCUAGACAUAGUUGACAGAAUCAAAGAUACAGCCUCACAUUUAAUUGACAGAAAUUAGGACAUGUUUUUAUGCAAUAUUAUAUUGCAUUCCAGUUUGAGGUAUAUAACUACUGGUACAUUAAGCUAAGUCAAAUGUCCCGUUGUAUUACUUAAAGUCAUAUAUUGCCAUAUAUUACCUGUCUUGAGACUUCCCUAUUGCACAGGAUACUGUUUUGUGUCUGCUUCUGUUAACCUCUUGUGAAUGAGUCUGUGCCGUUGUAAUUACUAAGACUGAACUAGAUGUUCCUACACUGUAAUAAUGGUUGCUACACUGUAAAAAUGAACCUACUUCAAAUAUUUAGAUCUUUAAACAUGGAGGACACUGUGUGCUUACGAUGUAGAUCAAAGAGUUUCAAACCAUUCUUUAUAAUAAGGGAAGGUCCAACAAGUGUUUCACUAUCUUGUUUUUGUGAUGCACCCUUGUGUUAUAUCAGCCAUAUUUAUUUAAAUCAUAUAUUUUUAAUAAACCACUAAGUGUGACAUAUUUAAAAUCUUUGUUUUCUCUCUCCUUUCAUUUAAUGUUUUGUAUGUACCCCUAAUUCCCCCAUAAAGAUAUGUGUUUACAUCCUGCUAGGUCACUUUUUUAAAAGUAAGCACAGGGAGUCUUUUGAGCAAUACCUUUCUCAACGACAAAUCUCGAUGGAGAUCACGAAUGCUUCUGUGUUCCCCCAAAUGCAGUAUGAUGGAUCAUUUGUGUUCCAAGAAAUUCCUACCCAGAUUUUACAGUUUUCCAACCAUUUUUUUUCCACCGAGCCGUGUAGUGGCUAUUCAGCAUGCUAGCGCUACAUUAAAAGUCUCACUGAUACCAAGCUCCUUGGGCCCACCACCCUCAUGUGAUGGAGCUAAUAAGAACAUAAUUACACCAAGUGGCUCUUCACAAUCUGCUCUGUGUAUGACUGCACCAGUCCAAAUGGUUGAAUUCACUUCCUCAUUUAAUUAUAGGCUUAUGCUUUUUCUCCGAGCAACUUGUCAUUUAGCAGAUAGAACUCAUAAUACCUUGGUGAUAAGAAGCACUGGUAGAUGCAAUGAACCAUUGCUAGAAUUGGCAGGCUGGUGACAAGCCUCAACAAUCUCCUUGUUUCACAUUUGGUGACAUUUUUUUGUGCAUAUGCAAUAUUCUCAAUGGUUGCAGAAUGAACUUUCUGAAAGCGUUUUUCAAAAGGAUUUGCUUCUUAUAAUAGGAUGUGAAAUCGAAAAAGGACAAGAAGGUUUCCGUCGUCCAUCGUCAUCGUCUGGACCUGAAACCUUUUGCUUCUGGAUUCUAUAUAUUCUUCAAACAUUAAAGUGUACAUUUGUACACGAUUACUUCAGCAAUAAUCAUACAUGCCAUUCUUCUGAUGGAUGGAAGAGUACAAGCUUAGCAGAAAUAAAGAUUCAAUGUUAAGCCACAUCAAUAAUAGAUGUUAUGGACAUUCUUCAGUCUUGCUGACUGUAUAGACGUAUGGUUGGGGUUCUGUGCAUUGGAAUCUUAUGACAAGCCUGCUGGCGGCUGAACUGUUGAGCGAAGAGUGAAGAUCUCUUGAUGCAGGUCUCUGUUCAACUCAUGCUCACUAUAUGUCUCUCUAUCCUUCUGUGUGUCUCUCACCCACACACAAUAUCACAGCUAGAACAUCUGUCACAUUGCUAUAGUCUCCAUACUAUUAUGUAGGUGUCAGGUUUUCAUUCGUUGGAGGGUUUAAAGGAGCAAAUGUUAAGCAGCUCUCUGUGGUCCACUGAAUCAGUCACCCUGUAUAUUAAUAUGAUGAUGUAGCCUUUCAGCAUUCAUCUUCCUCAUUAAAGGCAGGGUGGGAGCGGUAAAUAAACACCUACAGUGUCUGUCACACAUGUCUGAAGCCCCUAUCCAUACACCUUCUCAAUAAACCCUCCAUUGUAAUUUCAGAUCGAAGUUUGGCGGUUUAUGCUGAUGUCACCAUUGAUUAUGAGCAAUUGUUUGUUGG